AUGCUGACUUGGAACGUGCUUUGCAUUACUGGUCGCUUGCAGAACAAUCUCAGUUCACAGAAUGUCAUUUCUAACGACGACAAAGUCAUCUACCAACGUUUGAAUCAAGCGCUCGUCGAGUUGUCAUUUCUACCGAAAUGUUGCAGUGUAAACAUGCCAUUUAUGGGUUACUAUCAGGAUACGGACUUUGAAGUGUUACGUCAGAACACCGAGAGGACGUUGCAAGAGUUGUAUCUGCUGACGAGGCAAUUUACCAUGACAACAUUUCACAACCACGUUGAAGUGGAAAACUUUCGUAGGUUGUGCAUACAAUUUGGAGAGCAGUUCCUCGGUCCAUGCAUUGACCAUCUGAAGGCGUUCUGCAACAUGUACAGUGUGGCAAGAUGGCGUGAUGUACGGGCGGCACAGAUCGCCCGAAUGCGCGACCAAGGCACCCAGUUGGAUGAGCCAGUCACCAGCCUCGUCGCCUUCUACUCGAUCAUGAUGUACAUACUAGCCGUACUCGCGGCCAGGCUUCAAGGACUUCGAUACGAGAUCACCAUCAUGAAAAAGGUGUUCGUUUUGGACGACCAGGUGGGGCAGCUCUCUCAGACGGUGUUUGGUGCGUUGGAGUUACUGAUGAGCGACUGCGUGUUGGCCACCGAGCCAUCCACCACUGCCAUUCUCGUCACCAAUAAUCUAUUCAGCAUGAAUUGUGGCGCACUUGCCAGAGGAGUCGUCUUCAAAGAUUUCGAGAUUCAGAUUGUCUCAGAGGAGACGGCUGAGAAUAUUCAGUCGGAGAUGAAUCGUGCGCGUCUGCUUCAGCAGUCGAAUCAGAUCUCGCAACCUCCUUCGGCUGCUCUCCUCGCUAUGAAGCCAACAUCUGGAACGAAGAGAAGUAACGCCAUCAAACGUAACUUCGUUGACUCGGUUGGUAACACAACUCAUAAGAAAAGCGAUGUGAAUAGCAAAGAGUAUGUCACCAUCUAUCCCGUCUAUAAUGCCAAACACAGGUACUGGCAGGCCACGUAUCCACACUUGCUUUGCACCACUCGACAAAAAGGCAGACAAUCGACACAUAAUUCAUUCCAGGACCUCUCACCGUCAAAUCCACAGAACGAUAAGUCGAAUGGAAAGCGACCAAUUUUCUACUUCCAUAUCAAGGCAACGAUGUUCAGUCCUUCGGGAAGCUUUGCUACUGCUCAUAAUUUGUCACUUCCAUUCACCAUCGCUACGCGUAGAAACCAGGACUGUCAGGUUCAGCGCAUGAUGUCAUCAUACACGGCCACCAUAUUCUGGCUGUAUGGUUGUAAUCAUCAAGAGGGACUGAUCCUCCAAUGGGUUGACGACGGAAUGCACUGGGAACAGUUCAAGCACUUAUACAAGCAACACUUUCAAGUGAACGCGGGUGUACAGCGAGGUCUGAUCGACGAAGACUUCGAGCUCCUUAAGUACAAGCUGCAGUGCCCUGACUGCCAGUCCGGCGAGGACGGCGCCAACGUCAAUGGAAUUCAGCAAAUUGUGCGGUUCAAGAAUGUGCUGUGUCCACAUCUGCGCUACGAGUGUGGCAGUACUAAUGUUCGCUUCUCGGUUUGGCGAGGAAUGCUGGAAUUGCUUCAGAUUUUCCACGAUACUCGCAAUAAUGUAAGGAAAUUAUGGGAAAUGGGUCUGUUGUUGGGAUUUAUAGAGUUUGACGAGUGUGACAAGCUUCUGGAACAGCAUAAGUCUGCGCUGAUAAUGCGGCUAUCAUUUGUUACUGGAGGUACAAUUUGUUUUACUGUGAAAUCCAUGGCCCACACUCUUGAUUAUCGGGCAACUAGACCGAUCCAUCUGGAACCACUGGAUCUAAAGAAACUCCAAACAAAAUGCCUCAAAGACUAUUUAAGAGACAUCGCUGAUGCUGAAAAGGUGAAGUACAUUCUGAACGCAUCGCACCAAGUCGUACGAAUUACUGAAGUUCUGGCUCAAUUGGGAGAGAGCGAUAUUGGUGAAGGUGUUGAUGGAAGUCGUGACAUUUCCAGCAACGUCACUCACUCAGGAGAUAUCGCUGCCAUGCAGCACAUCAGAUUCACCGCUAUGCGGAUCGCAGUCGUGACUUGCAAGGUGAAACCACCGUCUGCUGAUCAGCACGAACUUGACAGCUCUUACCGUAUACCUCCUGUAGCACCGCCUAACGAUGAUUUUCUCCGUGAACUUGUCCAGUUAGCGGCCUUCCAUGGAAAAUCUAGACAGGUACGUAUUCCCGAAAUCCAAGAAAUUAAUGAACUUUUAAUUGUUAACCGUUUUAUUUGCUGCCUACUCUUUUCGAUGGCAGGGUAUGUUGCGAAAUUUAACUUCAUCGAUGCUGAGAUAUUUGCAAAACUCCGGACCGCAGGUGUAUGCCGUGGGGAACGGACGCGCUAUUGUCCUUUCCGGGGAGUAACGCGUUCACCACCACACCAUGCAGGUCCUUCGUUUCGCCUUUCCCUCAGCUAG